GCCAAGACGAGUUGGACAGGGAGCAGGGCGGGGAGCAGUGGUUUGCUGUCAGUUCUGCAGCGCAGGACUUCCACCACCACCACUUUGUAUUUGAGGAGAACUCCUCUUCCUUCUCUCAGUCUCAUGACGAUUCUGAAGGACACUCCAUGUCGGUCUCCCAGCGGGACGUGUCGGCGCUGGAUAGAGGUUCUGAGCCGCCGACCCCCGCGCUAUCGCCAGGGUUGGCGCUAUCGCCAGGGUUGGAGAAGGCCUUUGACGAUGACUUUGUGCCCGAGUACGGUCAGUCCGUUGGCGCAAAGGCGACGGGAAAUUGGAAGUCCAAGAAUAGCGGGCCGCUUUUGGAUCGCCGAAACGCAAACCAAAAGUAA